CAACAUGUUGUGGACAUUUUAUAUGCUCGCUUUUAUUGUUUCAGUCCAGAGUGGGUCAGAUGUAAUAAACGAAGAAUUUAAUAAUAACGAUUGGACACCAAUUACAAGAGAUAAGGUUUUUAAUAUUUUGGACAGAAAAUUAAUAAAUCAUGAAUUUGCUAAAGAUAACAUAAACCAAAAUAACUUUGUGACUGAAAAAUAUAACAAUAAUGAAGAAAUUAUUCAAGAAGUUAUCGGACCGAGAUAUGUUAAUUACAUUAAUAAUCGAAAUGGAAGACAAAGUUAUUCGAACAAAGAAACAGAAUCAAAUAACGAAAAACAUCAAGUAAAUUUACUAAGCAACGGGAAAUAUCGAGAACCUAAAGAAAUUUCCAUCAAUUCGAUAUAUGCUAUUAACAAUUUAGCUUCAAAUAUAAAUGAAUUAACAGAAAAAGUAGACAAUGAGUCGAAAGAUAAAUUAACUGAAGAUGCAACUGUUACCCAUUACGAAGUCACUGAGAGAAGUGAACAUGGAGAAUUACUUAAACAACAAGAAGUAUUUAAACUACAUAGAAAUACAGAAAUAGAUAAGCUUAAUGGAACAGAGGGAAAAAACCCAGAAACAAAUAAAUUUACAUCAAAAUUACUCAAUAUUCUUUCUAAUUAUAACAUCAAAGUCAAUGAUGUUUUAACAAACUACGAAAUGUCACGAAAUUUCAAACGUAAUCCUCCAAAGCAAGAGUAUAUUCUCGUUCCUAUACCUAUCAGAUAUUCUAGCAGGUUUAAUAAUUUUGCUUCUGAUCCGAUGUUGAUUAUGUUUUUAUCAAAUUACGGCUACUAUUUACCAAAUCAGUACGGACGUAGUAGAUAUUCCAAUCUCUACGGACAUUUGACUUCUAAAAUUCACAGUAAGCAAUUGGAUUCAUAUAAAAUUUAUUCAGACACGGAUUCAUCACAGUGAAGGACUAAAUUGCGUUGUUGUUUCUUUAAAAAUGAUUCUAUUGCUAGUUUGAUCAAUAAAAAACAAUUUAUGUAACUGCAAAACUGUUGUUAAUACACUUAGAGUAAAGUGUAUCAAUGUUCCAGCUUUGCAAGAAAAAUGUAUUUAAAAUGAAUUUCUCUGGUUUCAUUAAAUUUGAUGUAUUUAAGCGAACGAUAUUUCCUUUAUCACGCUGCAUGGCCGGAAGGUUUUUUCAAACAUGAAAGAUACAAGGGUAGGUCGCUUAAGGCGCUGAAAAGCCUUUGACUAAGGGCGGGGGUUGAGCUGCCACUUCACCUGAGAUGGGAGCUUAAUCUGAGAGCACCCUAGAGGGCGCUUCUGUUCCUUACGUACACACAACUUCUGGGUCAAGAUUUUUUAGAUAUAAAGUU